CGCAAAUGCUCGCUUUUGAGAAUUGUUUCGCACAUUAAUGAAUUGUCUCUCCACCUGCGAGACAAUUUUACUCGUCGAAUCAACGAGAUAAAAUUCCGGGCAUGUGGGAAUUCGUGUUGAAUGAGCGUAUUACCUUCCCUCAUGAAUUAGCGUAAAGUUCUUGCGUCGGCGAGAUUACCUUGUUCCCGUUAAGUAAGACUCGUGGAUUCAAGUUAAUCAGUUGAGAUUACACGAAGUUAAUUGCUUCAAUAGCGCUUGGUUCUCACGCAGGCAACUUAGUCAUACCUUUCUUAAUUGCGUUGAUGUCAUGACUAUUGUCGUAUGAGUAUCAUAUGGAAAAACAAACAAAAAAAAGGCGUUGAAACUUUUUCUAUAUCAUUCUUCUUUCACAAAGAAUAAUUAAAAGUAUAUAUCGAUUGUUAUAAACUGAUGAAAUGCUUAAUUCCACAGUUCAAAUAAUUCGGAAUAUUGUUUGCAUUCUCGGUCUUUUUAUCGAUUUGUCAUCGAUCUUUUUAUCGAUUUGCUAUCGUUGAAUUUCAAUGAAACCUUGCCAUUUAUUAUUUUGUUUCAAUUGUAAUAUAUUUAUCAAAAAAUCGCAGCGCUGCUGUUUGUGGUAAAAUCAAAUAUCACAAAUAAUUACAAAAUUGUGUUGCACGUCUUAUUUUACGAUAUUCGUGGAGCUCGAAAAGAAAUUCCCCGAAAAGGUAUAUCAGAAAUACAAUCCCGAGUUGGAGUAAUUCUCGGUAGUCCUCUCGUGAGUGUUAUAUUAUUAUGAUAAUUUAAUUUUUUGUAAUAUUCGAGCAGAAAUAUUUUGUCUGCGCUUCCCGUUGCCAUUGAAAAUUUUACUUUCUGCUGUUUCGUUUCGCUUUCUUCGUACAACCUCUCUGAACGCUGAGGAUAUACUAAACGAACUAAAAUGUUCGAUAUUCUUUUAAUGGUCUUUUCGUUUGUGGGUCGUCCUACUUGGGAAGGAUGCUCGCUUGUAUAAUGAUGCUGAAUUAAUUUAUAUUUUAGUAUUCAUAAUACAUAUAAUCAAAACUAUCAGUUUUAUAUAUAUCAAAAUAUCAAAAUAACUAUUUUUUUUCAUCAAAUGGAACAACUUUGGAGGCCGUCGUGAAACAAAUUUAAAAAUUAAUAAAUAUAAAAUCCAUUCUUUUAUGUAUACAUAUACAUACAAUGCACGCGCGGGGGAUGCGAUAUUUAAAUCGAGAAGCAUAAAGAUAAAAAAUGAAACAAAAUGAAAAGAAAUGUUUCGGACAAAAGAUGUAGGGUUUCAAAGGGGAUAGGUGAUAGUGCUAAUAUGAAAGUAUGUACUAGUCAUUUCUUGUGUAUCAUUGAGACUCAAAACUAGUCUUUUCGACCAGGCUCUCGUAGUCUCUCAUCUGAUAACGAAUUCUUAUCUCGUUUCACGGUCGGAAUACAGCCAAGAAGGGAAACGGACGUGGCCACACGUGAGGUAUAGCUUAUUCGUCUACAGGACAAACAUACGAUUUACUUUCCAAUUUUUCCAGAUAAUUCCGGUAAAAAUAUUAUUUAGCGCAGAUUUUGCGUGACAUUCAAUUCCUUGUUCUCUUUUUGUCAAGGAAGAAUCUGUGAGUGCAUUUGCAUACCUUGCUAAUUUAAAAAUCGCAUAAUGCACAUCACUAUGUAUCCGUGAUGCCGAAUACCCGAGUAUACAUAAUUUCUAGUUUUAAAGAUUUAUUUGCUAACAUUGUUUAGAAUGUCAUACAGAACAUGUAAUAAAUUACUUAAAGAUGGGAUAUACCGGAAUUAAUUUUUAUCUUAUUUACCGCUAAAUCAAAGAAGUGAUACAUCUAAUAAAUACAAAUAACGUCACACUAUUGAGUUUCACGCAGAGUCGACACAAAAAGUCGGCGGCUUUUCCCGGACUAGAUUUUUCCAUAUCUAGGAUAGAUCUGCGAUUAGCUACCGGAGAUCGCGUCAUUGGUACACGUUAAAAGCUGUUACGAGCGGUAUAUCGCCAUCGUUGCGUGUAAGAGAAACGAGUAAUCUAAAUAAAUGGGCAUUAUUUUACGUUUCAUUUCCGCUUUAAUGAAUAACGGAGCGAAGCUUCACAUGUGCGAUUAAAUCUACACACGUUCGUAGGAAUGAAUCUCUAGUAUUGAAUUGAUUUGAAAUCGUAUUGAAGUGACUUUCACUUGUAUGCGGAAAGCUAGCGGUAUCAAUGAAUUACAAUAAAGAGGUCUUAUAAAGGUAAAACCGCGGAUUGCUAAAUAUUUUCAAAGAAAUUAAUUCAUCAUCACAGCGUUCUCGUAAGGAUUAAAACUUUCUUGUAGAAUGCAAUAAUAAAUAUCAAAAAAUUGAUAUACACAAUGCGGUCCAGUCACAAGUGUUCAGGCAAGGUUCGUAUAAAAUAAAUAUCUCACUAGAAUAAUAUUUAAAAUUGUUUUUUAUUCAAAAUAGACUCCAUUAUAAUCGAUACGAUCUCUCGAUUCCAACUCGUUAUGUCGUCAUUGAAAACUUCUGUUUUGUAAUAGUCUUCAGUUGGUUACAGUUUCAAUUUAAAAAAUGUCAAUCUUUGGCCUUUCAAUUGCAAUUUUAAUUUUGGGAAUAAAAACUAGUCUGGGAAUGACAAGUCAGGUGGAUAGACUAGGUGAUGCCGUUGUUCUUUUCCCGAAUUCAUGACGUACUAAAAGAACGUUUCACGAAACAGUAACGUAUUCGGAAUCAAAUCACCGUUGACAAUUUAAAUUAUUCGUACAUUUAGAUAAAGAUUAUGGGAACAUAGUUUAGAAAUGGAAAUGGCUACAUGGCGCCACUAGUAUGUCCAUAAAAAAUACCAGUCUGAGAACUUAUGGAAUGCACUAUGCAUUGAGAGCACGAUAAUCUCUAACUAGAAAUUCUAUUUUGAAUCUUAGAGAAUUGUGAUUUAAAUUUAUUUGACAAACGCAUACGAUUUCUUCACAAAGCCGAAUGUUUGCACCGCUACUUAAAAAAGAUUCGCGUUUGAUAAUCUUGAAACACACACACAAUUUUCCACGAAGUCGAAAACACUUCAUCAAAAAAUCAUUAUUCGUUACUAUGCUUCUCUAUAGUCAAAUUUAUAUCUCUUCCGUUUAUUCCGUUCACUGUCUUAUGAAAGUUUAAUGCCGAUAAUAGUGCUUUUGUAAUUUGAUAUUUGAAGAAUGUCGCGCAAACUAUUCUCAACAAAGAAAUUUUAUAGUAAACAACGGCAAAUUUGUGUGUGUGGCAUAGAGCCCCUCCCCGCCACACAACAAACUUUUUACAUCAUCUUCAUGCAAUAAAUAACGAAACAAUGGACAAGGAAUUUUAAGCCUCUAUGCGCGCAACAAGCCAAAUUAAAUGUAUGGUAGUAGCAGUAGUAUCCAUUAAUAUAGCAAGAUUACGGAGAAAGUUCGAUACUAGGACAAUAAGUCAAACAGAGGCACAAUAUAUAGAACACUUUUGUGAUGAUUAAUUAAAAAAAGAAAUUAACUAGAUCGAUCUAACAAUCAACAGAUGAAAGGAUACAUAUCCUGAGUAUGAUACAAGCGAGUAAAUGAAAAUUAUAUCUUGUAAGCGUGAUACAUAAUUUAAAAUGUAUCAAAUUCGGAGAAAAGAAGAAAGCGUGAAAAUUCUGCACGAAAUUUUAAUUGUUCCUACUGAAACGUAAAAGAAAUUCUUUUAUGAGGAACAAAUCAGUCUUAAAUCAUUUUAUUUACGAAGAUUAUUCGUAAUCAUAUCAUUAUUUUCUUCUUUUCGAGAAAAGAGAAUAGAAGUUUUACGCUAUAUAUUUCUGAAAGAAAAAAUUAAUAUUUUACAUAUAUAGAAUGAUUGAGACAUAUAUGCUACGAUUAGAUUAUUCAGUAGGAACAAUUGCUACAAGAAAUAAAACACAUUAGAAGAUCACAAAGUGACAAAUUAAAAAACAAAUUUUGUUAUUAAUGAAGUUGAAAAAUCUGCGAGCUGUCCAAAAAUAUUCGCAAAUUAAAACGAUAUUGAUUCAUUAAUAAAAUGAUUUAGACUGAUAUUAGCCGAGUUCACGUGAUAAUUGUGAAAUAAUGUAUCUAUAAUUAAUUAUCAUUAAGUGCUUCGAUUUCGAUCAAGAGCAAAAGUAUUGUAAAAAGUGAAGAUACGUGAGCAAGAGUGAAGUGUCAAAAAAGACGUGAACGAACGAAAGUGUGCCAUCCGUACACGUUACACCUUACUUUAUUUUAGAGGGGGGAAAUAGUUGCUCGGACACCACGAGGAGAGCUACAAAGAGUAUAUCCGGGGUACUAGUGCCUCACAGUGGGGGUAGCGACAUAAGUAUUAAACGACCUUUAGAAAAGUCUUCAUUUUGAUAACAGAUUGCAAUCCACAAAGUCGGUGAACUUACAAGACGCAACGCAAAGCAACUCUGUUCAGUCAACUGUACAAAAAGGCGUAAACUCAAAGCGGAAAGGAUACUUCCGUCGGCAAAGAUAAGCGAUUCACGAUCAAUCUGUGUUCACUGUAUCUUCUUAUCUGUACCUGAUUCAAAUACGUGACGCUACUACAAUGGCACCGCUAUUGCUGCUGAUAUCCAUAAUCGGAUCUGUACUGGCAAAUCCUUUUCCGAAUACAUUGGACAAUCGAUUAGUCUCUCAAGUUCAAAAUGCGCUUUUGCUCGUUGCAAACAAUCGUUCCAAUAAUAUGACGGAUGAAAAUCUGAAUAGCAAAGAUGAUACGACAGAAAAUACAACGUUAUCAAUCCUGAAGCACACGGCCGAUCGCCUUAAAGUUUCUAAUCCAGUGACACAUGACGAAUCGGCGAAGAAAACGACGCAAAGACGCAAGCAUAAGGCCAUAUUCGUAAACUACUCUUUGGAACCGCGUGUCUCGCAUUAUCCAAAGAAUUUGCCUGCGUAUGAAGUCGAUUACAACGAUAACUCCGAGAUUACAGCAAAGGAUAAAUUAAGGGAGUCUAAACGGUACCGAGAGAGCGACAUUUUUUAUAUCCGACUUCCGCCGACUCCAUACAUGUUCGUGCCCGGCCUUGGAUACGUCUCGCAACCACCUACGUAUUCAACCGCCGCCUUAAAGCCCCAGUUGGCUCUUGUACCCCAACUGCUUCACCUACCCCAUGCGAGACCGACGCAACCGGCACAACUUCAAUUGGCGCCUCAGCAGAUUACCAAUCCCUUAAUCAAGCUGCCCAUAGACUUCGUAAGUAACGGCAAACCCACGUCUGUCUACGAAUGGCACAAGAAGUCUACUAAGAAGCCGAUCGACAGCCCGAUCAUGAACUUGGACAGUUUUGUAAGCAACGGUAAGCCGACUUCCAUCUAUCAGUGGCCAUCGAACCUCAAGCCGAUAAAGAGACCGGAUGAUUCGCUUAAUAGCCUCGAUUUGGGACCCUAUGCUUUCAACGGCAAACUGACUAGCGUAUAUUUGCUUGGACCAGACGGUUCUUCUUCGAUGCACCAGCCCAUCAGAUACCCUGAUUAUCAAGAUAAUAUUCGAAAUAUGUAUUAUUGAUUUUAUACCGAGUGCAUCGAGUAUCCACGGUUGAAAUUAAUCGGAAUGAUAAAAUGGAUUUGUAAUAUUAGGACAGAUGUAACAAGUGAUAUAAGUGAUUUGUGAGCUGUGAGUUCAAAUGUGUGGGACAAUAGUUAUAUAUAAAUCUUGAACGAUCUAAGCGAAUCUAAGCAUGAUAAAAAUUAAGUUUGCAAUUAUCCUGCACAAUGAUAAUAAUGUCGUAUAAACGUGUGUGUACAUGUGCGUGAUAUGAAAAUAUGUACGUAUACAUUAAUUUCACAGACACACCACAUACUUUUAAAUUUUAAACGUACGCGUUUUUUAAACGUACAAAAUAUAGAAUAAUAUGUAAUGUAGCUUUAAGAUAUUUAUUUUUUCUUGUAUGUAUUAAAUAUGUAUGUAUGUGUAUAAGUAAAUAAUCCUUGUUUGUUAUAAAAAUUCACAAUGUUUAAAAUAAUAUUUUAUUCUAUGUUAUUUAACAUUAUUUAUUUGAACGCGAUAUUUGCAAUCCUGUAUAUUAGUGAAAUAUACAUGAUGUUAAGUUUUUUAAAGGAAAUUAUUGUUUCCAGUAUAAUUUUAUUCACAAUAGUGAUAUAUAGUCAUGAUAAUGAUAAGUAUUGAUGUUAGCAACAAAGAGCGAAAAGCACGCUAUUUCGUAUGCUUCGUUCCUCAUAUGCAGCAUUAAUAUCGCUUUUAUUCUUUUAAGUGCAUAUAUUACAUAAGUACAUAAAUUUAACUUUUUUAUGUAUUUUUACAUAUUUAU